AUGCAAUAUUAUUCGAAAAUUAUCACUGUCGUAUUCAGCCGGAACCAGCUCUCGAAAUCCGCAAAGCGGACACCUGCAAAAGUCCGGAAUGUUCGAUGGAAAGACUUGCGAGAUAUUUUCGCGCUUGUUUACCCUUGUAGAAGACGAAUAUAUACUGGAUUGCUCUUCUUACUGAUUGGAAACACAAUUGGUCUCCUCUUGCCUCGAAUAAUUUUCAUGUUCAUUGACGUGGAUGGUAAUUGUGAAGAAAGACAAAGUGAAGGAAAUGAAGAUGAUAAAAAUAAAUAUUUUGUUUUGGCUGCCAAAUAUCUUAAAGUGCAUUAUAUGGUGAUGUUCAGUCUUUUUUUUAUCGUCGCUGUCUCCUAUGGAAUCAGGCACUACUGUAUGCACACUGCGGGUCAGCUUGUGAUCAAUAAUUUGAGGCAAGAUGUUUUCAAAUCUGUUAUUAAUCAGGAUAUGAAUUUCUUCAGUCGGAAUAAAGUUGGAGAAAUUGUAAGUCGUCUUUCAACGGAUGCACUCAUUGUGGGUCAGUCAGUGUCAUCAAAUUUAACUGUCGGUGCUCGUGCUUUCAUGUCGUUCUUUGGUUCUGCUGCUAUUAUGAUGUAUACGUCACCGGAGUUGUCUAAAGUGGUUACUUGUCUUACAGCAGCAAUUGUUACCUCAGGAUAUUGUUUUGGUAAUUUGCAAAGAAAAUAUACAUUACAAAUGCAAGAAGCAGUAGCUGCGUCGAAUGAGGUACAACUUCAAUUUCUUGUUGCUACAGAAAAGUUUUCGAAUAUAAUGACCGUCCGAACUCUGGUUUCUGAAUUAAGAGAAAGUAAAACAUAUAAAGAGAAAAUUCAUCAGCUCUGGGUCGUUUCUCGUCGUGAAGGUCGUGCAGCAGGUUGUAUGAUAGCCUUGCACGAAAUUGCGAUACUUGCAUCACUAUAUACAAUUGUAUACUCCGGUGGAAAACUAAUGGAUCUGGGGACGUUGACAUAUGGUGAUCUUCUUGCAUUCAUUUGGUAUGCAAGUUUAUGUGCUUUCAGUCUUCCUGGAAUGGUAAACUUUUACACAGAACUCAUGAAAGGCUUAGGUGCUAGUGCAAGACUGUUUGAGCUUCGUGAUCGAGUUCCGGAAAUACCAAUUAGAGGUGGGUUUUUGAAGAACUGCAUAAAUGAUGGAAUAACAUUUGAAAAUGUCAGUUUUGGAUAUCCGAAUCGGCCACUUCUAUUUACAAAUAUCUCUUUCCACUUACCAGCUGGCAAAACAACUGCUGUAGUUGGACCCUCUGGGUCGGGAAAGAGUACUAUUGCUAACCUUAUACUCAGAUUGUUUGAGCCAAAUUUUGGACGUGUGAUGAUUGAUAAUAUGGAUUUGAAGUCAAUAGAUCCAUCUUACUGGCGACGGAAUAUUGGAACUGUUGCUCAGGAACCUAUUCUAUUUUCUACUACAAUUAGAAAUAAUAUUGUUUAUGGUUCAAAGCAACCAGAAUUGGUCAAAGAUUUUGAGCUAGAAGAAGCAGCGAGCUUAGCUAAUGCCUUAAAUUUCAUCAAAAGUCUUCCUGGUGGAUUCGAAGCUGUCGUAGGAGAACAUGGAACUUCUAUGCUCAGUGGUGGUCAGCGUCAGAGGAUAGCGAUAGCUCGAGCACUUAUCAAUGAUCCUACUAUGCUCAUUCUGGAUGAAGCAACCAGUGCUUUGGAUGCUACCAGUGAAGAUCAAGUGAGAUCAGCUAUCUUGCACCUAAUCAACACUACUCAAAAAACCGUUCUCAUCAUUGCUCAUCGACUCUCGACCAUCAAGUAUGCGGAUCAGAUAGUUGUUAUUAACAAUGGCACGGUAGAGGAAAUUGGAACUUUCAGUGAGUUAAUGCUUAUAGAGAAUGGUGUCUUCAGAAAUUUGGUGGAGAAGCAAGCUAUUGGACUCAGAUAG